AUAACAAAAAAGAUAGUGAACCAAGUGAUUCAGAAUAUGAUACUGCUGAAGAAGAACCAGAUAUUCAUUUCAAAAAAAUUAUAGAUCCCUAUAUUAAUAGAAUAACAAAAGCUGAAAAAUUAAAUGAAGGCAAAGUAUGUGAUUACUAUGCAUUCAUACCAAAAGGAUACUAUGCUGAAAAUGAGCCUUUAGGUUUCUUUGAAUCAAUUGAAGAAAAGAUUGUUAAUGUUUACAAAAGAGAGUUAGCUUUAAAGGGUGGAUUAAAGAUAAGAAUUGUGUUAUAUGCAUAUAUGAAGAAAAUUAAACCGGAAAUACCAAAACCUAUAUAUAAAACUUUUCCAUUCAAGCAUGAAACUAUAGAAAUAAUUAGAGAAGAUCGAAUCAAUGCAACUAUAGAAAAAGGAUAUAAUGAAAUUAUAGACCAGAUUGAGGAUGAAGCAAUACAAGAAUCAGGAUAUAGUUAUCUACCUUUACCAGAAGCUUUAGAUGAGCCAAAACUAGGAAUAAUUAAUCCACAAAAUAGGAACGAUAAUGAGUGUUUUAAAUGGUGUAUAAGUGCAUAUUACACAAAAGAGGAAGCAAUAAAAGCUAAUAGAAAGCUACCACAUCUUAAUGAAAUCCAGAAACUUAAACGAAAUGCAAAUAUAGCAAAUUUUGAAGGUAUAAAAUUUCUAGCAACACUCCAUGAUAUAGAUAAAUUCGAAGAAAGCAAUCCUAAUUAUGCUAUCAAUAUAUUUAAACCAUUUUAUAGAGAAGCUUUCGGAAAAAUAAAAGUAGAUAUAGAUCCAUUACAUAUUUCAGAACGUAAUUAUCAAGUAGAGCAUAUGAUAGAUUUAUUAUAUUUAAUAGAAGGUGAAGAGAGUUUAAAUGAUCGAAAAAAUCAAAAUGAUAUACCAGAAGGCUUAAAAACAUAUUAUGUAUAUAUAACAAAUUUCGAGCGAUUAAUGUAUAAGUGGAAUAACCAUCAUGAUAAAAAAUACUUUUGCCGAAAAUGGUUGCGAUUUCUAUAUAGUCGAUUAGAUUUAUUACAGAAAUAUAUUCUUACAUGUCCAGGUCCAAAUAAGGCUUCAUAA